GAAAACGAAUAAACUUGUAUCGAGGUUGCCAAAACAGACAAGAGUCCACAAGAAAACAUUAUAAUUGAAGAAGAAUGGACUGGCAGGGAAUUUUCUUUUUCAUUUCGAUCUGCUUUGGAGUAUCAGGGGAACAUUCAGAAACAAAACAUUGCCAAAAAGAAGCGGAAAAAUCCAUUGCUUCUGGUCUAAUUGGUGGAUUUGUGCCAAGGUGUUUGAAGAAUGGAUUUUAUGCCCCAGUACAAUGUCAUGGCUCAACAGGAAUUUGCUGGUGUGUGGAUAAGAACGGAGAUAUCAUUUCUGAUGCGCAAAUAAAGAAAACCGCUUGCAAUAACCCAUGCUUCAAGAAAAUACUUGCUAACCCAACACCAGCCAUACUCAUUCAAGGAUCUUUGAGACCAAUUCACCUAAAUUCCCAAGUACCAAGAUGUGAUGAUGAGGGAUUUUUUGAACAAAAGCAAUGCAGUCAGGAGUUUUGUUGGUGUGUGGACAAACAUGGAAAAGAGCUACCUGCCACUCGAGGUAACCAGGACAAGGUUGAAUGUUAAUACUGUAUAUAGUAUCUCAGAAAAUAAGAAACUGCUAUUAAUUUAUUUGAGGAACAAAGACUACAGAUCUUGCAUUAGAUAGCAUUUGACUAUGCAUCCUACAUUUAAAUAUAUUUCUCAGCAUAUGGCAAAAGUUUUACAUUGCUUUUUCAAGCAAGGGAUAGUUCUGGUGUACAUAGUGUAACACCAUUUACCACAGUUGAUAGAAUAUGCAUUGACUCUAUUUAUUCUCUUCGUAUUAUUUAAGUUUUGUUAAUAAAGAUGAAUAUAUAAACGUUUUGCAGAGAUUGAGGUUUUUAAAUACUUACCUCUAAAAUAGAAAUAGAAGGAUUACUCUUAAUAUUGCUAUAAUCUUUAGCCAAUAUUUGAUUAUUUGUCUGAAUUUCUACUAAAAAUUUU